AUGAAAAUGACAGAUAAAUAUCACCUGAAGUGGAACUCCCACCAUGAAGAAGCAUUUGAGAAUUUUCAUCUCCUGCGGGAUCGGGAGAUCUUCACUGAUGUCACCUUGUCAUGCGAGGGUCAGAUCAUGAAAGCCCACCGGGUGAUCCUCAGUGCUGGCAGUGCAUAUUUUGAGCGGACUCUCCCCCGAGACAGUUCACACACUCCUAUUGUGUACUUCCAUGGGAUUCCUAUGGCUAAGCUGCGGCUUGUGAUUGAAUUCAUCUACUCUGGUGCCGUUGAGGUCCCAAGCCCUGAUCUUGAGAAGUUUAUUGAACUCUCUGAGUGCCUUGAAGUGAAAGGUCUUAAGUCGCGGCCUCGAAGCUCAUCUAACCCAUCAACUUCCCAAAGAACAGAGUCAUCCUCAGGAAAGAGCAGCGCUUCAGCCUCUCCCCCUCCUGCAACCAAACAUCAAUCCACAACCUCUACUCAGUCAAGCCAGCCAGCCAAAAAGCUGAAGCUAGCACAGGAUCUGUCAAAAGCUGAACCACAACCAGAGAAAAAUGAAGAGACUGAUUCCACAAUUGCUGUGAAUAAUGUAAAGGAUGAGCACAAUGAUGAAGUCUCACUUAAAGAAGAGGAAAUUUUAGGAAUGGGUGAUGAGGCACAAGAUGAGCAGUAUGAUGAUUCUUCACCUGGAGAGGAUACUGGGGCUCUUCCGUCUGACUCCAUGGAGUUGUCACUCACUUCUGAUGAAGUACCUCAGAAUAUCCCUCCUGAAAUCUCCCCUGAGAAAGACAGCAGCAUCUGUCCCAUCAUCCAUUUCCAUGGCAUAGACAUGAUGCAUCUAAGACUUCUAGUGGAUUUCAUGUAUUCAGGUGAAGUGGAUGUACCUUCUACUGAGUUGGAGCAAUUCAUUGCUCUUGCUGACAGCCUUGAAGUUAAAGGUCUGAAAGGAGACAGAUCCAAAAGGUCUGAUGUACCCCCAGCAUUUGGGAGGCCAGAACUGCAGUCAUCAUUUGGAAGACCAAGGGUGGCUGGCCCAACUUCCUUUGGACGAUCAAUGGGAGUUUCUUUUCAGCCAAGCACAUCUGGGUCAACCAUGGGUACCCAACUGAAACGAAAGCUUCCAUUAGCAGUUGAUAGUGCCUCAGGACUGCAAGAUUCUCAGUCUUCACCAUCACCAGUGCCAGAGAAGAAGUCAAUGCCUGAAUCAAUCAUUCCUGAUAUCCAUAAUCAGGCAUCUGAUAGUGCUGCAUCAGAAGGAUUUGUGAAGACUGAAGCUGAUGAAGCAGAAGUGGAAGAGGUAGAAGAGGUUGAGCAGUCCUAUUUUGCUGAAGAGGAAGGCAUGGGAGCUGCUGAAGGUGAAAACAGUAAUAGUUCAUAUCAAAUGGAGGGAGGAGAGGAGUUUGAUCCAAAUGAGCUUCCUGCAAAUAUCCCUCCUGAAAUAGCACCAGAAAAAUGCCUUUCUAUUCCUGGUCAGUCAGGUAUAUGUUGUGAAAGACAGCUUCUUCACUGUAUCCAUCAGACAUUGAUGAAGGUGAGAGAAGGAGUGUGGAGAGGUCGACAUUCAGGAAGUUCCAAGACGUUCUACUUCUGUUCAUGGUGUGGCCACAAAACUUUUGUGAAGACGAACAUAGUGGCUCACUCACGCACUCACACAGGAGAGAAACCCUACGAUUGUUGGCAUUGUGGCGUGAAAUUUGCUCGCAAAGACUAUCUAAGCUCUCACAUCUUCAAACAUCAUUUAGUAUUGCCUUGCCUUGCCUUUAAGAAGUGCUCAUGUAUUUUUUGCCAGAGUGUGGCCAGGGGGAGAAAUGGAAUUUGGUCUGGAAAAGAUGCUAGAGGGCAGUGCAGGAUAUACUUCUGCGAGUACUGUACAUUUGCAUCAUCACGCAGCUCCAAUGUCAUUGCUCAUGCACGAAUCCACACUGGUGAAAAACCAUUCAAAGAAGAAGCCUUUGAAGAAUCAUAUGUGGACUCAGCACAAAAUGAUUUAAGUCUUGUUGUUUGGAGUGAUACAGAAAGUCAAAUAAAUGGUUUGCUAGAAGCAUGUGUUUACCUUUCUUUGCGGGUGGUGGAAGAAAGUGAGAAGAGGCAAUUCUUGACCUUGAAGAGGGGAGAAGAUGGAAUCCUAAUCAGCCAAGAUCCUUUGACCGGCUGCAGGCUUCACAUCUGUCCAUACUGCACCUAUAGGUCAGGGUACAAGUCACACACUGUGGAACAUGUGCGAACACACACAGGUGACAGACCUUUCAGGUGUGAUAUGUGUGGGAAAAGUUUCUGUCGUAGAUCUCAUUUGAGACGACACAUGACGUUGACAAAGGAGCAAGGCGGAGUGUGGAGUGCUCGACAGGUGGGGGUCGGCAGCAAGAUAUACCUCUGUUCCUUCUGCCCAUACAAAUCUCCCAUCAGGACGAAUGCCCUGGCCCAUGUUCGAACUCACACCAAUGAAAGGCCAUUUCAGUGCAGUCUUUGUGGUGUGGCUUAUAAACAGAAUGUGGCACUGAGAAGGCACCUAGCCACAUGGCACAAUCCUUGA